UCCCCCGCCACUUUCCCGCGCAGCCCCCUCGCCUUCCCGCGUAUUUACAAACAGGUCCCUCCGCGACUCUCCGGAAUUUACAAACAGGUCCCUCCUCCGCCAUGGACGGCGCCACCACCGCCACCACCACCAGGAAGCAGGGCUUCUUCUCGGCGCUGCGGGAGGAGGUGGCCCGCGGGCUCUCCCCCGCCCGCGCGCGGCGGAGGUCGGCGGCCGCCGAGGUGGCGGCGGCGCUGCGGUACGCCGGCGCGGGGGAGAUGCUGGCGCCGCUCAUGGAGGGCCCGGAUCCGGAGUCCGGCGAGGGUGGGAGGGCGGGGUCGGCGGCGGCGGCGGCGAGGAGGGAGGGGUGGGGGAGGUGGGUGAGGGGGCAGCUCGCGCGCGCGCCGUCGACGGCCGGCGCGGCGGUGGCGGCGGCGACCGGCGGGGGAGGCGCGGCGAGGAGGAACGACCUGAGGCUGCUCCUCGGCGUGAUGGGCGCGCCGCUCGCGCCGGUGCACGUCUCCGCCGCCGAGCCGCUGCCGCACCUCAGCAUCAAGGACACCCCCAUUGAGACCUCGUCGGCGCAGUACAUUCUGCAGCAAUACCUGGCUGCCUCCGGCGGGCAGAAGCUCCUCUCGUCUGUGCGCAACUCCUACGGCAUGGGCAAGGUGCGCAUGGUGGCGACCGAGUUUGAGACCGGCGGCCGUGUCGUUAGGAACCGCAUGGCGGCACGCACCGCUGAGUCCGGCCGGUUCGUGCUGUGGCAGAUGGCCCCUGAGAUGUGGUACAUCGAGCUGGCCGUUGGUGGGAGCAAGGUGCACGCCGGCUGCAAUGGCAAGCUUGUGUGGCGCCACACUCCAUGGCUCGGCGCGCACUCUGCCAAGGGUCCUGUCCGCCCUCUCCGCCGUGCACUUCAGGGCUUGGAUCCUUUGACCGCGGCAAGCAUGUUUGCUGGUGCACGGUGCAUAGGCGAGAGGAAGGUGAAUGGGGAGGAUUGCUUCAUUCUGAAGCUGUGUGCAGAUCCAGAGACGCUAAGAGCGCGCAGCGAGGGGCUUGCGGAAAUCAUCCGGCAUGUUCUCUUUGGGUAUUUCAGCCAGAAGACCGGCCUCCUUGUCCAUCUUGAGGACUCACACCUUACCAGGAUCCAGUCCACAACCGGAGGGGACGCGGUUUACUGGGAGACCACCAUCAAUUCGUUCAUUGAGGACUACCGCCCGGUGGAGGGUAUAAUGGUUGCGCAUGCUGGGCGCUCGGCUGUGACCCUUUUCCGUUUCGGAGAGGUUGCCAUGAGCCACACCAAGACUCGCAUGGAGGAGGCAUGGAGCAUCGAGGAGGUUGCGUUCAAUGUGCCUGGCCUAUCCAUGGAUUGCUUCAUCCCACCCACUGAUAUCAAGUCUGGAUCCAUCAGUGAGACCGUUGAGCUCCCUCAUGGCGAGAAGAGCAAGGCCGGUCUUCUCCCAUGCCAUAGUGCUAAGGUCGCUGCUCUGGAGAAGGCAGACGAUAAUGUUGCAUGGAGUGGAGCCCUGCAGCGAGAUUUCAAGUGAUUUGUGGUCUGUUCAUAGUUGCUUCUUGCAGUGCUACUGACUCGUUUUGAUGGUUGUAGGGGUAGCAAGAAAGAGCUAAGGGAGGAUUUGGAGCUUUGCAAUUCCAAUUGUCCUCUGUAAAUAGGAAGCUUAAGGCAUUCACAUGGUCUUCCAUAUCCCUGAGGAGGCCUUGUGUGAAGAAUCCUUACCUAUCUUAUUCAGAUAUAUGGUAGUAGGUAGUCGUUAGUAACUUCUGGCGUUUUUUUUGUCGGUGCCUCAUGGAAGAACCAGGGGUGUUUCUCCUCCUGCAUCCAACCACGUGGUAAGGGUCAUGGUGGUGGUGCUGUUCUUUCACUUACAGCAAAUACUAAUUAUCAGAGCCCAGCAAGGAAGAAGGAUUUCUUUGUUGGCAAUCAAGAGUGAUUUCAUUCUGAUUAGCGUCCAGUGUGCUUUGAGUUGGUGAUAGUCUCUGGUCAAAACUAACUUUAGGUGAAAGGUUAAGAAUUCUGAAUUGUUGUUGCUCUUUGUUUAGGGUAUCAUCAUGGGUCUGGUUGUUUUUCCCUGUCCUUCCUUCACAUCUCUCUUUAUUUAGUAUGAGAUGGUGGUUGUAUUCUACAGAAGUUGAUGUAAGCCAGAACUUCUA